ACAUCUCUUAAAAAUUGAUUUUAAGUAACACUCGCAUGGGAGGAUCCUUUCCUAUCCAAGGUUCAAAUGGCUUGUUGAGACUGCAAAAGCUUGAGACUUUAGAUCUUUCUGAAUUAUCUGUUUUUGAAAACUUGGAGUUUUUGGAUCUUAGUUUCAACAACUUAGAAGGUCCCCCAGCAACGCAGGAUUUAAAAAAGUUAUCUAAACUAAGAAAGCUGGAGCACUUGGAUCUGAGUUUCAACAGAUUCAACAAAAAUAUUAUGAGGUCAUUGGAAUCUCUGCCAUCCCUUAAAUUUCUCGAUCUUUCUAGUAAUCGUAUGGAAGGGUCCCUCUCUGACCAAGAUUUGAAGUCUUCAACAAAACUGGAGAUAUUAGAUUUGAGUUUUAAUAAUUUGGUUGGGAAUGUUCCUUCUACAGUAAGGGAACUGGCUUCGCUUAAGGUAUUAUCUUUGGCAGAGAAUGGUUUUAAUGGCUCUUUACCAAUUCCAGGUAUAUGUGAACUAAAUAGACUUCAAGAGUUGGAUCUUAACGGUAAUAGUUUUGAGGGAAUCAUUCCUCAAUGCCUAAACAAUAUGACUUCUCUUCGUCUCAUUAAUCUUGAAGGCAACCAUUUUGAAGGCUCAUUCAAAUUUAGCUUAUUUAUGAAUCACUCCAAGCUUAAGACACUCGUGCUUACUUGUGAUGGUGACAAAUUGAAGAUAGAUACGGAACAUCUACAUCAAAGCCCAUUGUUUCAGUUAGAGAUGUUAAAACUCUCUAACUGUAAUCUGAAAAAUAUUUCUCAACUUCUCCUUUACCAGUAUCGAUUAGAAGCAAUUGAUCUCUCUCACAAUAACUUGAGAGGUAUGUUCCCUACUUGGUUAGUUGAAAAAAACACUGAGUUAAAACUUUUAAAUCUAAGGGAGAACUCUCUUUCUGGUCAAUUUCAUCUCCCAGCAAAUUCUAUGAGAGAUAUUCAAUUUGUUGACGUCUCCAGCAAUCAUUUCAGUGGGCAACUUCAAGAUGAUUUCGGAAAAAUAUUAUCAAAUGCAAUGUGGAUUAAUUUGUCCAAUAAUCAUUUUGAAGGUUAUCUCCCAUCCUCAAUUUAUGUCGCAAGCAAGUUAGAGGUAUUGGAUUUGUCCUCUAACAAUUUCUCAGGAAAAGUACCUAAGGAGUUACUUAGAUGGUGCACCAACUUGAGACUCUUGUGGUUAUCACAUAAUAAAUUUCAUGGUGAAAUAUUUUCUUCCCAUUUUAAUUUGAGUAAGCUAUUGUAUCUCGAGUUGAGAAACAAUCAGUUCACAGGUGGUCUAUAUCUACCCAACAAUGUUAAACUUUCGUCAUUAGAAGUUUUUGAUAUCAGCAACAAUCGAAUGGAAGGUGAAAUUCCUAGUUGGAUUGGUAAUUGGACAAGGUUACGAAUACUUUCUCUGAACAGCAAUUUAUUUGAAGGCCAGUUUCCUUGUAAAGAGAUGCUUUUAUCAGUCGAAUACUUGGACCUUUCUCACAACGUUCUCAGGGGACCCUUACCUUAUUGCUUUAAUCAGAAUUCUUUAAAGCAACUUAAUUUGGAAGGGAACCAAUUCUGGGGAUCAAUGCCAAGUGAACUUUUCAAUUUCUCGACUCUGAAGGUGUUGAAUCUUAGAGAUAACAACUUGUCUGGUAGUAUUCCCCACAAUAUUAGUGGAAACCUCCCUAGCUUGAAAGUCCUUUCAUUAGGGAAUAACUAUCUACAGGGUUUAAUUCCGGAGUUGUUCUGUCAAUUGACAAAUAUAAACACUCUGGAUCUUUCCAACAACUAUUUCUCUGGGUCAGUACCUCAAUGUUUCUAUAAUAUCUUCUUUGGGAAGAUCGAUGCAAAAAGAGCUAUCAGCAAUUCACCAGAAUAUACUAGUGAUAUCGUUUUUCUCCUACUGGAUGAGAUAUAUGAUAAUCUCAUAGAUUCUAUCUAUGAUGAGCCUGACCCGUCUUACUCUCCCAGAAUACAAUUUGAGCUUGAUUUUGUCACCAGAAUACAAUUUGGGUUUGAUUUUGUCACUAAAAAUAGGUUGGACGUUUACAAGGCGGACUUUUUAUAUUGGAUGUCCGGACUUGACUUGUCAUGCAACAAUCUAACAGGGAAUAUCCCAGUAGCAUUGGGGAACCUAUCCUUAAUUCAUGCAUUGAACUUGUCUCACAAUCGAUUAAUGGGACCCAUUCCAAUUUCUCUUUCAAAGCUUGUUGAAGUAGAAAGUUUGGACCUUUCCUACAACUAUUUGAGUGGGGAAAUCCCAUCGGAGCUGACCAACCUUGUGCGUUUGGGAGUCUUCAAUGUGUCACACAAUAAUCUAUCCGGUGAAAUUCCUUUCACAAAGCAAUUUUCAACAUUUGAAGAGAAUAGUUACGAGGAAAAUCCAUUGCUUUGUGGACCGCCAUUAGAUAAAAGCUGCCCCACACCAUACUCGCCAAUUGUUCCUUCAGAUGAAACACAAGGGAAAUGGUUUGAAAUUGAUUUUAUUGCCUUCUACGCAAGCUUUGGUGCAACAUAUUUCAUGUUCUUGUUGGGUUUCGUGACUGUUCUCCUCAUUAAUCCUUUUUGGCGAAGAAAAUGGUUCCAUUUCAUCGAGAAUUUCCUCUAUUCUAGCUAUUAUUUUGCUUAUUAUACUCUAGGCAAAUUGUCAGGCAAAUUGUGGAAUUAG